AUGGAUGAACGUAGCUUUGGACCAGUUUAUCAAGGGAAACUCAACGAUACCGGAGAGAUUGUAGCUGUCGAGCUAUGGGAUCGAAAGAUUCAACAUGAAUCACAAGAACACAAAGAAUUUCUUCGACAGUUAAAGAUACUGAGCUUCCUUAAUCAUCCAAAUGUGAUAACUCUUAUAGGAUAUUGUAUUGAAGGAGAUCAGAGAAUAUUAGUGUGCGAAUAUCUGUCUUUGACAUCAUCCCUGUACCAACAUCUACACGGCAGAUUAUCAAAGCAAAAGCCGCCCUUAGAUUGGAAUACAAGAAUGAAAAUAGCUCUGGGGAUAGCCAGAGGUUUAGAAUGUAUACAUGCUGCCAGCCCUCCAAUUAUCUACGUCGAUCUGAAACCCUGCAACAUCUUUAUAGAUGAUGAUUUCAAUGCUAAGCUCUCUGAUUUCUGGCUAUCUAAGCUUGAACCUUAUGAUGACGACGAGUAUACUUGCACAACAUUGAUUGGAAUUGCCUCUGGUGGCUACCAUGCACCGGAGUAUAUAGCUACAGGUCAUUUGACUGUGAAGGCAGAUGUUUACAGCUUCGGAGUUGUUUUACUAGAGUUGGUCACAGGGCGAAAAGCUAAGGACAUCUCAAGGCCAACUAAGGAACAGGAUCUGAUCUCUUGGGCACAGCAGAAAAUAAAGAACCCGAACAAGUUUCCAGAGUUAGCAGACCCGCUCCUUCAGGGGAAUUUUCCAGCAAAUGGAUUCAGUCAAGCACUCGUGUUGGCAGUCAAGUGUCUUCGGUUAAAAGAAUCAACACGACCCAUGAUGAGCAAUGUGGUUGCAGACAUUAUGUGCCUCACAUCAGAUGAACUUAAUGACAAACGACUUGUGUAG